GGCGGCUUCUCGCGAGAACAGCGUGAGGCGGCGGCGGCGGCCAUGGCGGACGGGGCCGGUAGCAACGGGGACGCUGCGGGGCCGCUGGUGGGCAAAGAGGCGGUGGAGCGGCUGAUCCGGGAGAACGGACACAUCUUCACCGAGGCGCAGUGCAAGGUGUGCAGCGCCCUGCUCAUCUCCGAGUCUCAGCGGCUGGCUCACUACCAGAGCAAGAAACACGCCAACAAGGUGAGACGGUACCUGUCCAUCCACGGCGGGGAGGAGGCUGCCCACGGGAAGAAGAUGAAGCUGGAGGUGAAGCAGGACAGCAAGCAGGAAGGCAGCAAUGGGGAGGACAGGAACAAGUGUUGUCCCAUCUGCAACAUGACCUUCUCCUCUCCGGCCGUGGCAACAUCUCACUACUUGGGCAAGACUCAUGCCAAGAACAUGAAGCAGCAGGCCCCCAAAGCAGAAGAAACGGUGCCCCCACAGAAACACCCUGCUGCCCUCCCCACCUCUACUGCAUCUUCUAAGGAAGACAACAAGGACAUUACUGACCCGGACAAGUUCUGUAGCCUCUGCCAUGCCACUUUCAACAACCCCCUUAUGGCAAAACAGCACUAUGUAGGCAAGAAGCACAGAAAGCAGGAGACCAAACACAAGCUGAUGGCACACUACGGGCGAACCCCUGAUGCACCAGCAUCAUCCUUCAUGGCUGGGAAGGGCUACCCCUGCAGCACAUGUAACAUAGUGCUGAACUCCAUAGAGCAGUACCAGGCUCACAUCAGUGGCUUCAAACACAAGAAUCAGAUGCCAGGAGCAGUGCCGGUUGUGGGACCGUUCCCGCCACAACAGUAUGUCCGGGAAGAGUCAACUGGCCCAGGAGGCUACAGUUACUUCAGCCAAGACCUCUAGAGCAAGUUGCAGCACUAUUCUUGGAGUUGUUGGUGGCCCCAGAACGCACAUCCUUUGCCAGCCCACAAUGGUUUCAUUAUCCCUCUGGAUAAGCAAAGCCCUACCCUCCUGUAUACACCCGUUGAGCAGAACGGGGACUGAAUCUGUCAGGAAAAGGAUCCAGCUGGAAGAGACUUGCUAGACAGCAAAUACUUCACUCCCUUAGAGUA